ACAACAAGCUUAUAGCUAAUUAGCUAAUCACAUAGCUACUUUCAGUAACUACGUUUCCAUCCAUGGAUUUUUUGCGAAGAUUUUUAGCGCAUCAAAGUAAAGCUGAUGGAAAUGCAAAUUAUCUCUAAAAUUUCACGUGUCGACAUAUUUUUCCGUUUAACUCUAGUGCAUAAACUCUGUCGAUACAUCAAAUGUCGCGAAAAACUGGUUUGGAAACACUUUUUGUCGAGAAAAUUGGCAUUAACGCUAAAAUAUAGUGUCACAUGACAGAAUUGACCCCAAUCGUUAGCCUGUGUUAAUCAUGACGACAAGGUAUAGGAUCCUUGAAAGCCAAUUUAUUGUACGUGAUUAUGAACUGAUCUGAACGGCAUAAAGAUCCGGUCACUGCAAACGUGGCACUUCCAGGAGUGCCAACACAAAUAUCUCGUAUCAUGCACAUCAACAAGUGCACGGAGAAUAAAUGAACUCUUUGUGGUUAAUUUAAUCAUGGUAGACAUCCAUUUAUUUAUUAAAGUUGCUUUUACACACCAUUCAAAAUAAUAGACGGCAGUCACGGAAUUAGCCCACAAUACAAAAAACAUAUCAUUUCUGUGCACAAAGAGGUUUUAAAUUAAAAAUAAAUACACAACACUAGAUGAAAAGCUUCAGUGUGCUUUUUUGGAACACUAACAUAGCCAACAUAACUAUCAGAACUAUUUGUCCAAUGAGUUUACUUUCAAACGAGCUUUUGAACCUUUUAAAAUUUUUACAUAUUUUAAAUCUAACCCUCUUUACCUCGGAUCUCAUUUGCUGAUCUUCUUCAGAAAAUGUAAAUUGCAUUAUGACGCUAAAAUUAAUUUUAGAUGACAAUCAAGUUCAGUUGGUCGUUAAAAGUUGCUGGACAAAUAUGUGGGACAUAAUGCGGUUGUGAUGGCAAUGCUUUAGAUUAGAUGAUUGUUUAAAAUAGCCUAUUGAAUAUCAGGAAUGUAUCAUAUGUAAAUCCUGAUAUUACACCGAAUCAGUUUUUCUUUAAUAGCUGUGCGCACAGCAUAUACACAUCGAUGGAUGGUCCUUGUACUAAGACUGAAAAUGUCCCCACUACUUGGUGCAGGUUGCCAGCUUGAACAGGGCCAUGACGAUUCACUUUCGGGUCGGAACCGGUGGCAACCUGCGAUAGGCGCAACAUCAGGACCAAUAUUACAGUCCUAUCAGAAGGGCAACUGUUCCCUUUUGAUUGCAAUUCCUCGUCUUCUGAUUACAUUUAUUUGUGAAAUUAAAAUGAUAGUAAGCUGGUUAAUUUCAAUAAAUUGUCUCAGUACUCUCCCCGUUUUACCAAAACUUCAGAGGAAAAAAAAUGGGGACAUCUGAGAGGCGAAUUAGCCUAAACACACAUUUCUGUAUGGAAACGGCUUAAGGGCAGAUUUAUUUUGCGAUAACCAAAACUUAUGUGACAAAGUGUUUCUUUAGGCAUGACGUCAUCACGCACACAUUUGUAUCGAUAAAAGGCCAUUUGAAUGGAGACAGGCAGAAGAUGGCAAAUUUCGCAAAUUUUUUUUACGGAUUUUCACUUUGUCGAUAACAAAAUAGCGCGAAAAGUGGAUGGAAACUAGGCUAUUGUCAGCCGAGUGGAAGCUAAUGAGUAAACUUGUAUUCACCAAACUGUUUUGUUCAGGAUUCACAGUUUGGUACCCCCUUCAACUGAACAAUUCCAGUCGUUGCAUUUAUAAAAUGUAAUAUUUAAAAGUCUGGUUUUCCACCGUUGAAAGUUUCCCCUGAACUUGUAUAUCAGAAUACGGUGCAACACCGCUGCUUAUCUUGACUCAGCAGUAUUAAUAUAGUCAGCAUUUGACUGAUACUAAACAGUACUGAUGUUUAUUUAGCUAUUUAUUGUAUUUAUAUUUAUUCUUUAUUUUCUCAGUGUUCAUUUCUAGAAUUUGUUGACAAUGUAUAAUAAUAAUGUCAAAUAUUCUUUGAUAAAAAAUAUUUAAGAAAUCAGCCUUCUGAGUACCUUUUGCAUAGUCAUAUUGGUGCAAAAUCGUUGAAAAAUCCACAUAGAAAAGAUCUGUUUUCAUUCCAGCUCAAAAAUUAAAUAUAUCGGCCACCAUAUCGGUAAUCGGUGAAUUUUCCCUCUCUAAAAUUGGUAUCGGUCUCAAAAAUCCCAUAUCGGUCGGGCUCUAGAUAUAUAUUAUAGAUAUAGGAUAGACAGAUAUGAGAUCAAGCUUUUGACACUUAGGACAAUUGAGUGACUUGUUCACAACUAUUACACAAGGUGAAAACAUUCACUGAUGCUCAAAAAGACAACAAACUACUAUAUGCAUACUAUACUUUACAAAUAAUUAUAUAAUGUAGAUUGUGAAGAGCAGUACUAAAUAAAAAAAAAAUCAUAUCUCUUAUAUUUGUAUAAAUUAGGUCAUGCAAACUUAUCUUCUCAACAGUGUACUGUAUACUGUUUAUUAAACAUAAGAUUAAUGGGCUAUCAGCUGUCUUCUGCUUUAUAUCUCGUUUCUGAACAGCAAUCUAAAUCGAGCAGUUCUGUGAUUUGGCAACUAAAAACAGCCUUUUGGCUCCUUAAUGUUUCAGUUUAGGAACCAAUGGCUCCUUAAUGAUUUUUUUUAGUCUGGAGCCCUGGUGAAACAGCAUAUUCAAUCAUGCGUCAGAAUAUGCCUACAUCCCUGAUGGUGAUGUGCAAAACUACCAAUUUUUAUAAUUGACUGGUCAAAAAAAAAAAAAAAUAUUAUUUGGCUCUAUGUUCACAUGACCCCGAUCAGACACAUUUGAGAGGGAUAUAUGGAUGCUAAGCACAGCACUUCAACCUGGUAACUAGAGGAUAUUAAAGAAAUUAAUAUGCCUAAAUAACUAACAUUUUAUUGCACAAAACUAUCAAAGUAAGAAAUAAGAAGCGCUCCAAUACAGAGUGGCAUGAAACUGCUUUUGUGCUUCCUGAGCAGAGAAUGACACGCUUCAACCUAACCGGAGUGCUUCAGGCCGAUCCUUGCUGCACACAUUUUUUUUUUCCAAGAACCAUUUAAAUUAUUUCAUUAUAUUAUAGCACAUCGUCAUCCGGUGACUGAUUGUUUUUGAAGGGCUCUUAAAAAAGCAUGAAAUUGAUUUAUAUUUUUCCCUAUCUAUUCCCAUUGACGGGUGAUCAGUCACGUGACACCCGAUCCUGGAACUGAGCGCCCAUGAGCAAAGAUGGCAGCCUCCAUUUUGCUAGCUUUCUGGGAACUCUGUGCUAGCUGAGCACAGUCAUAGAGAUGAAUUGGGAUGCUAACUGAUAGCUCUCCAGGUAUUUUGUAGCUUCAUGGUGCCGCCUCGGAGGCUUUCUCUGGGCCAAUGUCUUUUGGCCCACCGAUUACCCUUGGGCUAAACGAGGCCAACCGGGGAUUGAGGCGGGUUCAAUGUCAAGGUUGUACUUCCUAGGUUGUGUAUCCAGUGCAAAAUGGUAGAGGUUCGGGAAAUAAAAAAAUGGGGGUACUAUACAAAUCCGUUAAAACGCCUAAUGGACAAAGUGGUGCCCAAAGAAAUUAAUUUCCAUGGUUCGGUGAACUUUCAUAGAUGUGCUGGGACAUCGUCCUGCUGUUAAUGGAUAGACCAUUCGGGACACCAUGUCAGUUACAGUCGGAGAGUUGUCAGCGCAAACUUAUGUUGCUGUUUACAUUUGGUAUAAACUCGAUAUUCUAGAUAACAUGAUACCUCAGCUUGAGCUCCCCUCUUGCAUGCGAAAUUGGCAGAGUGUGUGACGUUGGAGUAAUUGGCCCAGUAGUGGUAACGCAAAUAGAUUUUGGUCUUGCGGCUCGAGGACUGAGGCUGUUGGCCCCGGCUGGCCAGUUGGUAGCCCUAGCUCACACUGGCUCUAUAGGGGAAAACCGGCAAUUGUCUUGAAAUGUUUGGUUGAUGCAGCGCUUUGAUGGCUGUAACAGCAGUGGUGCAUAAAAAGAUGAAACCUAAAGCAUUAAAGAAACUAAACUUCUUGCAGAGGAUUUUACUGGGCUGAGUGUUAUUUACUAUUUAGCACGGCAAGCUAUAAUCAUGCAAAAACGCUCUCUGAGAAGUGGCGUCUCAAUUAAUUUGAGAAAUGCAUCUUCUAUUAAAACCACCUUCACUAAAAAAAUUAAUGUUUGUAGUCGACCCCACUAACUGACUUGUUGGUUGUUGGACAACUAGUCGAUUAGUCGACAAUGCUGGCACAUCCCUAAUCCCUACUAUAUAGUAUGCCAAAAGCAGUAUGAGUAGGAUGGCCCAGUCCUCAGUAUUCAUAAAACAGUAGGCAAGAAAUACUACAUCUGGCAUGUUUAUUACUUACUAUUUCAUAGAUAGGACAGUGGGUUUUUUUUCACUAAUAGUUGUGUGGAUUUGGCGUACUUGUACGCACAGGAAAAGGUAUAAUGAAAAAGUUCUGCAACAGAUGCGUAUGCACAUUAAUUUGUUCUUAAACUUGUUCUAAUGAUAAUGAAUAUGAUUAUCUAAUUUGAGGUUUUAAAGGCAACCUGAAUGUGUGCAGCUUCAAGAAAGCAAAUAUACAUCUUUGUUGUUGUUCAUAUUUUUCUUUAAUUCUUUAUAUAUUUACUCAUUGCUUUAUAUUCAGUUUCUAUAAAAAUGUUCUUACUAUCCUUCUUAUAUUGUUUCAUGCUUCUGUUAUGCAUUAUUAUUUCUGUUUAAUCUUAUGUUAUGCUGUAUUGUCUCCAAGUUAGAUAUGGGAAUUGUCUCCAUUUCAAGGUCUUCAACAUCACAGGACUAUGUUGUGAAGCAGUAAUUUCCAUUGCCUUUGCUUGGUAUAAUAACACUUGUUGAAUUUGUACUGGUCAGAUGAAGUCAGACUGAGCAUUGAGAAACAUGCAAUGCAACUAAGAUUAUUUAAUAAACUCUGUGCAUUUUUACCAUUACUUUGUCUCCUGGCAUCUGCUGUAUUCCCCUGCUGACUCUGCAUCCGGGUCAGGUUGGAAAACAUUAAUUCGUCAGAAUGGAUGAGCUAACAGAUGUAAUGAAUCUCCCUGUGCUUUUGCGAUGUUGUGCAGUACACAACAUGCUAAAACCAUCUGACAGACCUUUUUCUGGCAGUAUAGGAGUAUUCCACCAGCUGCACCCAAGCACAUCCAACAGAUUAGAGUAUGUUGCUUGUGCACUCUAUCACUUAGCGCACAGACAGAACCAGAACCCAGCUCAAGCUCUAAUGCACAAAAUGUUUGUUAUUUUGAAUUAAGACUGUAUACAAUGACUAUUUUAUAGGUGUUUGUAUGUAUGUAUGUAUGUAUUAUAUUAGGCCUUUUUAACGCAUCGAUAAUCAGAAAAUGUUCCCAAUAAUUAUUAAUCUAUAUCUGCAUUUUUUUCAGAUAUAAAUAGGGCUACUCGUUGCACAAUAGUCUUUGUCUCCUCAUACAUAUUUUUUAACACAACUUUGGUAAAGUGUGAGCAGCAGGGUAACUUAAAGGGGGUCACACACCAGACACGUCUGGCAAACUAACAUUUGAAAUGAUUUUCUAUGAAAGUACGCACACCACCGCUCUACAGUUACACCACGAACCUGCUGUAACGGAGUAACGUGGGCAAGGAGGAGGCGGGAACCGACUGAACAGUCAACUGUUCUGGGUGUGAAGAGAAUGAGGUUAGCGGAUGGUGUGUUCAGUGCGAGGAGGCCCUGUGUUUGGAUUGCGUGUCUGCCCAUCAUAGGGUAAAGGUGACCCGUGACCAUGAAGUCAUACCCAGAACUCCACCCACAGGUUGGAUGCAGAGAAGACGCUGUCCCUCGCACAAACAGGAGAGCUUGAAGUUCUUCUGUCUUGUCUGUAAUGAGCUUACCUGUAGAGACUGUCAGCUAAUCACCCAUAGAGGCCACAGUUUUAUGCAGGAGGAGGAAGCUGUGAGAUAUCAGAGACAACAACUGCAAAGUUUACUGGCGUCAAUCAAACAGCGCAAAGAGACAGUCAACACCAGUCUGCAGCGCCUAGAGACAAGAUUACGUGACAUUGAGGUGGUGAAGAUAGAAGCAAGGAAGAGGAUAACACAGGUGGUCCAUUCCAUUUAUCAGACUUUGAUUCUGAGAGCUAAGGAGAUCUUAAAUGAGAUUGAGGCUCUGUAUGCGGAAGAGGUGAAAAGUUUGAUGCUGCGGAAGAUAUCUCUAAACAGAAUAGAAGGCUCUCAGGACUACAUAACUGCUUUUAUUGACAAGAUCUUAAGCACAGAGGGCCAUUGCCUUCUGGUCCACAAAAAAAGAAUUGAGACCCAGGUGAAAAAGCUUUUGUCCCAGAAGACGUGCCCACCUGAGACCAUGAUUGAACUGCACCUUCAGUUUCAGAAAGAACUCCUUGAAAGCAUCAAGAAAUGGGGAUUGAUGAGGGUUAAAAAGGUUCCUGUUCCAUUUACCUGUUCGACAAUUGGUUCCAAUCCAUCUGUGUCUGAAAAAGAUUCAAAUCCUCCAUCAGAGAGAAUAAACUCUAAUUCUCCUGUAACUGCCAUUGAUGCAUCUGCCUCCUCAAGUUCCCUGCAGGAAAGUACCACUGCUCAGUCAAUCAGUCCUUCAUCUAAAACUCAUUCUAAGCCUCAUCUUCUACCAAAGAUGCUCAUUGCACGCCAAAUAAACAAUACCUCCCAGUCAGCCAACCCUGGGAAGACCUGGACCGUACACUAUUACCCUGCCAUGCAGGUCUCCAUCCAGACACCUAUGCAGACCCACGCAGUACCAACCAUACCAACCAACACCCAAACAUCCAUUCUUGCAAACCCAAUAUCAACCAACAAACAAACACCUGUACUCCUCCACCCAAUACUAGCCAACAACCAAAUAUCCGGACUUACUCAACCAAUACCAGCCAACAACCAAACUGCACUUAACCACCCAAACCCAGUUAAAAACCAAACCUCUUUACUCACCCAGGCAAUGCUAGCUAUACCAACUGCCACUCAAUCACCUGUACUCACCUGCCAAAUACCAGUCAACAACCAAACACCCAUACUCACUCACUCAGUACCAGUCAACAAACAAACACCUGUGCUCACCCACCUAAUACCAGCCAACAACCAAACACUUAAACUCAACCACCCAGUAUCAAACAUACCAAAUGACACACAAAAACUUGUUCUUAACCAUCCAAUGAUAACCAAUAUUCUGGGACACGUACGUACUUUUGCAACACAACCCAAUAGUCCCUUAACUAUUGCUUCAACAAGGAACAAUUCUCAUACCAGUGAUCUUUCCAAAUUGAAUCUCUCCAGUCCAGCCUGUAACACCAUACCAAGCACAACUAGUAAUUCUUCAAUUCCUUUAUACUCAACGCAGUCUGCUCCCAUUGGAGGCAAUGACACCUUCCAGAGUCAGAAAAUCCUCCACCAUAGCACAGACCCCAAGGCUAACCUCACUGUCAAGGCCUUGGCUGACUCUGCCUGUGAUCAAGAACCUGGUGUGAGCAGUACAAACUUCACAGAUAUGGAUCAUCCAGAGAUUAACUUGCCCACCUCCACUGUGCCAGAGAACGAUCCUGAAGAACCUUUACCAGCCAUUGAGAAAGAUACUGUCAACUCCGUUGUCCCAUCCAAUACUCAUCAGGCUCCUCUCACCACCACCAACUCCACAGAUGAAUGUUCUCUGGUACGAAGUUCCCACUCUCUGUUGAGAUCACCACCAAAGGGAGGCCAAGCUCAAACUAAGCAUUCAUCCACAGGGAACUACUCUAAACCAAAACGAUGGAGUGAUGGCAUGCCAACAAGUUUCAGACAACUUUUAGAGGGAACACACAGACCUUUUAGCUUGAUAGACAAUUUAAAUGCCAAAUCAGUGAAUUCAACUCCUUGUAGCACAUCAGAGGGCAUUGGAAGGGAGGUUACAACACAAGACAAGACUGUCCAAAGUGAUUUUUACCAGAUGAUGUCAAGAAAGGAAGAUGUGGAAUCUGCAGUGAUGCUAGAACACACGAAGCAAUUCAAGAGGUUUCUGCGUGUAACCCUGGUGCGCCUGCCCAUCUCUCUCCCUCCAUGUGGGCAGCCACUACCACAGUUCCGCCUUACUACAGAUUCCUUCGCAGACCACAUCUUAGUUCAAGAAACACAGGGGGGACAGAUUAAGCAGUUGUGGAGAUGGCAGGAAGAUCUAAUACAACCUAGAGCUUCACCUCUACCUAUAUCCCAAAAUAUCGACAGCCCCCUGGUGUCUGAAGUACAGUUCUGUGCUGUGUGCCAGUCGGCAGGAGCCGCACAUUUGUGUGCAAAAUGUGGACGUGCAUUUCACUCUGACUGUCACAUCCCUCCAAUUUUCAUAAUACCUUGUGAGGAAUGGAUGUGUUUGCUGUGUCAGGAUAUAAAUGAUGAGAACAUUGUGUAUGGCAGUAAGCAGAUGAUGUCCAGUCUGAGUCCGCAGGAUCAAAGAAAGUGUGAGAAGCUUCUCCUUAGUCUCCUGUGUGAUGAGAACAGGUGUCUGCUCUACAGUGCUACCAAGCAUCGCUCAAAAACGGCAGAAUUUGAUAUAGUUCUUGGCCGAUUCCUGGGGAAAAGGAAGCCUCCUUAUCGGACUGCUGCUGAACUGGUUUCAGAUGUGUGGACUCUUUUUGACAUCCUGAUAACAAAACCAGAGAGGAGGGACUUGGUUGUCAGACUGCAAACAUCUUUCCAGCAACAGCUGAAUGAGUCUUUUGGGAAGAGUCUCCAUGCUUCUCUCCUGAGAUACUCCAGUGAUUCCAAUGACAAGGAAUCAAGAAACACCUCAGAUACACAGACUGAAAAAGAGAAGCACAAAAAGACUUUAAAAAGGAUGAGACAGUUUUUCUCAACAAACUGUGGUACAGCAACAAAGAAACACUGCACUGAGAGAGAAGGUUGUGGGAACCCUACAGCUAAUGAUCACUAAAUGUAUAAACUGAAUGCAUGGUGCAUUGAAGUCUUAUUAGUUUUGAAGCCACAGUAAUACUUGCUGUAUAUAUCGUGUUCUCUUGUGAAGAAGAAACUAGUUAACUUUAUUUAUUAUUGUAAUUUAUAGUUUGUUUAUUUGUCUUUUAGGUACAAUACAUAUUAAAAAGAAUGUUUAGCUUCUUG